AUGAUGGAGACUUCUGAUGAAGAAAACUUUGGUGUAGCUAUCUCCUCCCCUUCUGAUGCAGAGUUCGAUGCAGUUGUUGGCUAUCUGGAGGAUAUUAUAAUGGAUGAUGAUUUCCAGUUAAUACAGAGGACUUUUAUGGAGAAGCACUACCAGGAGUUUGAUGACUCGGAAGAAAACAAGCUCAUCUAUACUUCUAUUUUUAAUGAAUAUAUCUCUCUAGUAGAGAAAUACAUCGAAGAAAAAUUGCUUGAUCAGAUUCCUGGUUUUAAUAUGGCUGCUUUCACAAUGUCAUUGCAACAGCACAAAGAUGAAAUGGCAGGUGAUAUAUUUGAUAUGCUUCUCACGUUUACUGACUUUCUGGCUUUCAAAGAAAUGUUCUUGGAUUACAGAGCUGAAAAAGAAGGUCGAAGUCUGGAUUUAAGCAGUGGGUUAGUAGUGACUUCGUUAAACAAAUCAUCAAUAUCCUCCUCCUAG